UGGGGCCCCCGGACAAUAGGGGAUCAUGGGGCCCCUGUGUCCUUGCCCAAACUCAAAAAAGCCUAUGAAAAAGUUACCAGGGACAUCUCAUGGGGCCCCCUACUGACCCCGGGCCCUCGGGCAGCACCCGAGUUUCCAAAUGGUCAGUCCGCCCCUGUACAGGAGUAUGUAUUUAUAUAGCAAAGUGAAUUUUUGCUUUUCAAGGACAUUUUCAGUUAGCUUAGUGAAUGAAAUGAAGCUCAGCUGACCUCCAUCAUCCAAAAGAAAAGUUUAUUUUUUUUUUCAUUUUCCUUACAUGUGAUAGGCUUUGUAAAGGAGAUUAUCACCACAUUCACUUUUAGG